AGAAAGACACGGUUUAUUACCACUCAUGCAGUUCUAGAAGGUUCAAGUUGACGGUUCAGCAUUGCUAUAUAAACACCUUGCUGCAUUGCUAGCAUCAUAAUCUGCUGCUACAUUGAUGUGCCUGACAUUUGCCUGAUAGGUGCAUCAGCUGAACACUGAAAAUACCUGUUGGUGGUGAAAUAUACAUUACUGUGACGUGAUCAGAAACAGCUAAAAUGUCGAUGGUCAGACAUAUACCAGUUCGUUGGGAAUCGGACUACUGGUCCAGGCCUUACAUGUUUCCCAACUCCAUGGUUUCCUCCAGUUCUGGAUUUCCACCUCAUCCUCCUCCAAGCUACCCUAUGCCUUUGUCUCCGGCUUGGACCUCCUCUGGACUGAAUGAGCCAACCUUCCCUUUGGAAAACCCCAACCGUAGAUGGAAUUUCCAGGAAGAGAGUAACCAGAUGUCCAACAUCAACCAGGACAUGAAGCGUAUGAGUAAUGAAAUGAAUCGUAUGAUGCAAAACAUGCGCGGUCAACUUCCAGUUUCACAUACUGUGGAUGAUUGGAGGCUAUCAGAAAACUUUCGCAUGGACAAUCCUAUCAGGGAGGAUCAUGAUGGUUCUCGGAAAUUUCAUCUCCAGUUUGAUGUCAGACAAUUCAAACCAGAGGAAAUUAAUGUGAAAACCAAUGGAAACCAACUAACUGUGCAGGCUAAACAUGAGGAAAAUGAUACCGGGAAGAAAGUCAAUCGAGAAUAUUGUCGCCAGUAUGUCAUUCCUCGGGAAGUCAAUCCAGAACAUCUCAUUUCUAAAUUGAGCACUGAUGGUAUGCUGACCAUUGAGGCCCCUCUUCCUGCUCUGCAUGGGCCAAGGGACAAACUGAUCCCCAUCGAGCACAGGAAGUAAAUGAUAUCAGAUCAUGAGAACUGCAGUUUGUGUUCAUAUUGGACUACAACUAUUUAAGAUACUUUUCUUGCAUGUUUUAAAGACCAAAUAAUUUUGAUAUAAUCUUCAUAUAUAGUACAAAAUAUUGUCUCCUUUUGUAAAUUAAUUUUACAUGCACAUACAUGUAUGAUAGACGAGGCUGUUGUAAAGAUAUCUAAACAACAUAUUACAGCUUAUAAUAUAAUGAUUUCUGGAAAAUUUGUGCCAUUAUCAUUUUGUUACUGAUGUAGUUUUACCAUUUUAUUUCAUGUAUAUAAUUAUUAUUAAGUUAUGGUAUUGAAAUUAACCACAAUGUAGACCAAAAUAUAUUAUUAUCAAAAAACAUGUAUUUCUUGAUAUAUAUAAUUGAAAUUAUAUAAUAUAUAUACAUGUAUAACCAUAUUACAUGAAUGAGAUUAUCAAACUUAUGUAAAAAAAAAGAUCUAGAACAUUCAAAUGAAUGAAUGUUAUAUAGGGUUAGAUUUCAAAUACAUGUGACUAAUUUAAUAUCUGUGUAUAAAAACAGAAGAAAGAUGAUACCAGGUAGUAGGAUAUAUAUACUAAUUAACUUGUAUGUCAGAUCUAUAUGGUAAAUAUUUCUGUUCACUUGAUUUAGUUAGAAUGUGUAGCUUUAUAUCAGGCGAAGACAUUGGGUUACUUAUGAAUUCAUCUUAUUGGAAUGUGUUUACUGUUAUCCUUACUCCCUGGAGGCAUCAUUCCAUGUUUCAAAUAUUACCAAGGUAUUUGAAAGACUUUAAAUUUGGAUUCUGUUUGAUUAAGAACUCCAGAUUUUAAAGCUGCACUGCUAAAAACAAGAUAGGACUGAAAUACCAAAGUGUUCAUUUUAUAUAAACUGGGCUGGCUUCCAGGGCAAAAUUGAAGGCAUUUUAGUGCUUACAGAUAAGGCAUCGGUGCAAUUAAUG